AUGGCAAACAUUGAUAUUCUUUUAUAUAAUUUAAAUAACAUUAAUAUUUUGGCGCAAUUGUUGGCGCAACAGAGUGACCAAUUGAUGGAGAGUGGGCGUGAUCUGCAGACCGCUGCUGCAAACGCGGAUCAUCAUGAGCCAGGGUUACUGACGGUCACUUACGAUGUUUGCGCCAAUAACGAGUUGCUAGAAAGAUCACAUGGUACAGCUGACGUUAUCGCUCAACUAACUGGGAUAUCUUUGAAAAGUUUGGGAAUUGAAUCUAAAAAAAAAAGUUUUAAAUUUCAAAAUUCGCAAAAUUUGAAUCGAUAUAAACGAGCGCACAAUGACGCAAAAGAAUAUGUCUGCCAACAUUGCGAUAAGAUUUAUCAAUUUACCUCCUCGAGAGCUUUGAAACAACAUAAUAAAGAGGUACAUAAUGAAAUUAAACCCUAUAAAUGCGGAACGUAUGGUAAAACGUUUCAGAAUAAAUCGCGUUUGCGUCGUUAUGAGAUGUUUCAUGCAGGGAAAAAAUCUUAUCAAUGCAAGUUUUGUGAACAAACAUUUACUCGCCGAUGGAAUCUAAAAUGCCACAUAGAGGUGAAGCAUUGCAAUAAUAAAAAUUACAAAUGUACCGUGCGCAUGUGUAAGAAAAUUUUCAAAACUCAGCAGGAUUUGCAUAUAGACACGGAUCAUCCUGAAAGAAAGUAUAAAUAUAACCAAUGUUCAUCUACAUUUACCUAUCAUAAGUACUUUAAGGUUCACAUAAAUAUACAUAAAAGCGAGGAUCCACAUGUUUGUGAGAUUUGCGGCAAACCCUGUCGUACCAAACAAAACUUAAUCAGCCACAGUUCGGUACACAGCGAUAAAAAGCUGUUUGAAUGUUCGGUGUGUGGCAAAAGGGUGUCUCAGAAAUAA